GCGCCACUUAACCCGGUCCAUCAGCUUCCACUAUAUAUUCUAAGAUAAGCAUUAACAAAGACUGGACGCGAUAAACAUGGAAUCAAAGUUUGGAUCAUUAACACUGCCCGAAUUAAGGGCAGAAUUAAAAAAACGGGGUGCACGAACAGUUGGACGUAAAAAUGAACUUGUUGAAAGGCUUAUAUCAUACGAAAGAAAUCAGAACUUUGGUAAAAUAGAGACUUUGGAACCGGAAUAUCACAUGAAGUUACCAGAUGCCACUACAUACUCUGAUGUAAACUCGGACUCUAAAUUUCCCAAAACAGAUCUCGGAAAGGUGCAAUCGUAUCUGGCCCCGCUUGAUAAGAAUCUGGAUGAACAUGUGCAGAGGUUGUAUAAUGAACAGUUUUUAAGGUACUUCCGGAUGUCACGCAGAGAAACAUGUGUUUUCAUUAAAUCAAGCUGUCACGCAGAAAUGAAGAAAGGUGUGUCCUACACAGUUGAUAUUGAGCUCGGCUUAGAUGGGUCUAUUACAGAGGCACAGUGUGAAUGUGCUGCAGGAAUGGGACCACAAGCUCACUGCAAACAUGUUAACACGGUGCUAUAUGGUGCAGUUAUGUUUUGCAAGAAAAUGACAGUAAAGACGGAAGAAUCGUGCACUCAAAAAUUGCAGAGUUUUCACAAAUGCAAAAAAUUCAUUGGAAGCCCCAUAAAAGCAAAUGCCUUAGAUAUGCCUGGAGCUGCCGAGUUGACAAACAUUGACUUUGAUCCCCGACCAGAAGAAUUUAGAAAUGCUGCCAACUAUCAAGAUCAUUUUAGAAAUGUUUGCUUAAACUUUCCAGGUAUUUCGGAAAUGCCAAUAUUUCAAACAUUUGAACCUGCAAAUACUAAGGCUGUGGCAUUGGAUCACGACUACUUGAAACUUACUCCAGAAGAAAAUUUUCUUGAAAGAAUUUUGGUAACGAAAAUAAGCUCAGCCGUAGUCGUUGAUAUUGAGAAAAAAACAUUAGGUCAAAGUACUAAUAAAUUGUGGAUAGAGGAGCGAUCCAAGCGAAUUCCAUCGUCAAUGUUCGGAAAAAUUUGUAAAUCCACACAAAGGACCGACAAACAUGAGCUCGCAAGGUCACUGAUUGAAACCAGGGAAAUUAAAGCGGCUCCAUUGGAACAUGGGAGGAAACAUGAAUCGGUCGCUGUAACGAAAUUCAUGGAAGACACCGGCAAGACUGUACAUAGCUGUGGGUUAGUCGUCGCAGAACAGUACCCAUUCCUAGCAGCGUCACCAGAUGGAGUUAUUGAUAAAACUCAUCUUGUUGAAGUUAAAUGCCCUUAUACAGCAAGAGACAAACCCAUAUCUCCUGUCACGGUUCCUUAUUUAAACUGUGAUGACAGUAGAAAUUACUCCCUUGAUAUGAAUCAUAAUUACUACUACCAAAUUCAAGGACAACUUCUUUGUACUGGAGCACAAACAUGCACUCUUAUUAUAUGUACUGCAGAGAACUUAAAAGUUAAGGACAUAAAGUACUUUGAUAUCCAAAGAAAUGAACCUUUUAUUCACAAAUGGUCAGUCAGUUGAAAGCUUUCUUCAACACCCAUUUCAAGCCUGUUCUUGUUGAAAAGCAUUUUUACAAGUCUUAUUAACCCAUUUAUGCCUAGUGGACUCUCCCAUCCUUCUAAAUUGGAUCAGUUUAUUUUCAAAAUUAUGGAUGUUAAGUAUACUAGUAUUUAUUUCUAUAUUUAGAAUAUUUCUUACAGAAAUACCUUCAAGUAAACAUCGCAGACCCAGAUGAGACGCCGCAGCAUGUGGCGUCUCAUUUGGGUCUACGCUGUUUGCCAAGGCCUUUUUUCUAGACGCUAGGCAUAAAUGGAUUAAGUAUUCAGAUUGAAAACUCUUGCUUAAAAAAAGCACCAAGUCUGAUUUAUUCAUUGUAUCUUAUUUACAUUUCUAUCAAAAUAAAUGUUCAUGCAACAGUUCUAGUCAAGCAAAUAUACUUAUUUUAACUAAUUGUACAGCUUUGAAACACAAAGCGACACACAAUAUUUUGCGCGAUAAACGAAGCGACACGCGAUAUUUACCACGAUAUAUCGCCUUUUGGGCUACCUAUACAAGGGCGAUAUUUCGUGGUACAUUCUCGCGUGUCGCUUCGUGUAUCGUGCAAAAUAUCAUGUGUCGCUUCGUUUGUCGCACAAAAUAUUGUGUAUCGCUUCAUGUCAUGAUGUGUCCUGUGUCACCCUUGAUGAAAGCAGGGCGAGAUUAAAGAUAGCACUAGACCUAUAAUUUUAAUAAAAAGAAUUGAAACCAA